ACUGUAAUCUUCCUCACGUCAACGCAGUAUUUAUGACUCUAGCGUUACAAUUACUUCUGUCACGUUGGGAUGUCCAUUCGGAAGUCUUGCAUUCGGGACACAUGUGGCUGAAACUGAGCCUAGGUUCAUCACAUCCGGUUACGGUUGUGUCCUAAACUAUAGGUUGGACUCGCAUAACACUAUCUCGUCAUCGCGUCAUGCUCCAAGCAAGAUAUCAUCUCUCGAUCCUUGUGGCACUUUAUUCUACACCAUCCGACCAUCAAGGCCUGGGGAUCCGACCUGCAAGUUUGGUUGCCAACUUCGAGGCGUUAUGGCAACAGCUGGACGCGUGGCUGAUGUGGCCUAUUGUCAACGGCACUAAUACUCACAUUCGCACAGCAAUCUGAAUAGAUGACUGAAGACAGCAAGUCAGACGAAAUAGGACUUUACGAACUGGCCUGGCACAGGUUGAUUUAGCAUUGCCACGAUGGAAUGUUAUUUAAACCGUUGAUUUGGGCCGGCCUUCAAGAUUGCCAUCUCCAUUCUGCCACUUCUCUUACCAUUCUCAUUGGUAGCGCCAACAUCUUUCGAAUAUGAACACUUCAAUCCAUAUCUACUUCGACUACAUCAGCGCCCCAGUGAACUCGCCUCGUUGGGCAGACUUUGACCUCGAAGAUGACGAUGACACCUCUACUGAUAAUGGACCCGACCAGAUGGAGUGCUUUGCCUAUUCCGAAAUCGCAGACAGUCCUCUGACAAGCCCCAUUGAAGACGACCUCGACGUUCUUCUAUCACCGGAUAUAGCGUCUGAAUAUAGUUCAGAUUCAGACACAGUUGCCGAAAGUUUAUCCUCUGAUUUUGUUGAGGUGAAUGGCAUUGGAUGCCUAUAUACUUGUCUUGAAUACAACUGUGCUGCAUCGUUCUUGACGGAGGAGGACCUUGAAUGGCAUUACGUCGAAGACCAUAUGCCAAGUUUCCCGUAUACUACGCCCCAUGCCAACUCGGAGCUGGAAUUGCCCUUAAUCCUAGGUGACAGUACAAUUUCAGCGGAUGGACUGACUUGGUUAGAUAUCUCUCCAUACUUCUCUGCUCAGGAUGCUCAGUCCUCUGGCGACUACUCAUCAGCAAGCAUCGGUUCAAUGAGUCCAAGUUCGGAGGCAUCGCUUGACGUACUUCCUCCGAAUGAAGUUAGGACCUCGUCAACUGCACAUUAGCUCCCUCGAUCUUGGAAUUCAUCUCAUGUGCUUCUCCCUGUGUUAUCUUGGCUGCUGUUCGACUUCGCUCCAGCGUUUUCUGCCAUGUCGACGUUUGUCUUCCUGUUGCGCGCAGCUUUCUUCGCUUAUUGCAACUCUCCCUGCAUCAUCGUUCUCGAUUCUAUGUGAUAUAGUCAUAUAGUCUGCGUUGUCCAUCUCUUGUACCUUUUUACUUGUAUGCCCCGCCAAUUCGCUCACAUGAAAGAUUUCCCAGCUGUCGGACAACGACGGGCGAGAGACAAUGACAAUUCCACAAUAACAUUGUACAGCAAAG